AUGACGUCCAUACCCGUUAACUCAGACAAAGCCUGGGUUACACUCAUAACCAACGACUCCUACCUCCCAGGCCUCCUCACUCUCAACCACUCACUCCGUGCCGUUAAAUCUGCCUAUCCGCUGAUAGCUCUCUACACUCCGUCUUUCCCAGCCUCCGGUCUCGCCGCUCUCUCACGUCGCGGGAUCCCGUCUCUGCCAGUCCCAUACAUUGCACCUAAAUCCGGCAAGAAAUACGUCCAAGAUGCGCGGUUUAACGAUUGCUGGACAAAACUCGUCGUAUUUUCACUCGCCCAGUUCUCACGUGUGGUACAACUCGAUUCUGACAUGCUCGUUCUCAAAAACAUGGACGAGCUAAUGGACCUCCCGCUUGAUCCCGUCGCUCUCAGUGAAAGCGGCACCGUCGAGACGAGUAAGCGAGUAUUCGCAUCCGGACACGCCUGCGUCUGCAACCCGCUCAAGAAAUCUCACUACCCGGCGAAUUGGGUCCCCUCGAAUUGCGCGUUCACACACCAGCAUGACGAUCCGGACAGAGCGCAAGUGGAAGGCGCUGAUCCGUCAAAGAGCCUGGGCGACUUGAACAGUGGACUGCUUGUCGUUAACCCGUCCAAGGUCCUGUUCGAUCAGAUUAUGAAGCAUAUGGAUGCCCAUGGGGAAGGCUUCAGCUUUCCAGAUCAGGAUUUACUAGCCGAUUUGUAUAGGGGGCGAUGGGUGCCACUGCCGUACAUCUACAAUGCUCUGAAGACGAUGAGGACUGAGGGAGUUCAUCACCAGAUUUGGAGGGAUGGGGAGGUGAAGAAUGUGCAUUAUAUAUUGAGCCCGAAGCCGUGGGCGGAAUCCAACGGUCAUAGUGAGAUUAAUGGGUGGUGGGUGGAUGCCAAUGCGCGGAGGUUGGAGCAGGAGAGGGAAGAUGGGAUAUCAGACGAGGUUUCGGUCUGA